CAGCCCGGGCAGCAUCAGUCUGACUCUCCGGCCUCUCUCCUCUCUCUCUCUGCGGACACAGCGGAGGAUGUGAGCCGCUCUCCGAGCUCUGAUCCCGGGUCUCCUCUCCGCCUACAGCCGCUCUGACCGGAAACACGGCGGAGGACAGGGCGCGUGCACUCUGACACCUGUUAGUUCUCACGUUUUGACUCGGGUUUCCUCGGCUCUCCUCGGUGCUCCUGUCGGGUUUGGUUCUCUGGAUGUUUCUGUCUGAUGAAGCUGAUUAUUGAUCAGGUCUGGACUCUGUGAUCCAGAAUGAAGUCCUGGAGGAAGUGGAUCCUGGUGGUCCUGCUGGCCUGGCUCCUCUUCUUCCUGUCCCUGCUGUGUCACAUCCUGGACCUCAGAUCCGCCUCAGUUCAUCAGACCAGGUCCGCAGCAGAUUCUGGACUCCGCAGGACUGAAACCCGCCACCUGGCCUCUGUUCAGACCAGGACCUGGUCUCUGAGACCUGCAGGACGCUCAGAGGAGGACUGGAGGAAAAGAAGGACUGACUUCAGGUCCAGGGAUUACUACAGGAGGCGGUCUCUGGAGGUCCUGCAGAGACUGUGGACCGGGAACCUGACUGUGAGGAUGCUGAGUCCUCGUCUCCAGAAGGUUCUGAAGGUCCAGCUGAGCUCCAACAAACACCAGGUGGUGUACCGGGGCCAGAGGGGGGUCCACAAGUCCGGUCUGCAGCUGUACUGUGACCUGAAGAGGAGGACCAGGAUCCGGACUGUGGACGGGACCGAGGAGCCGUUCUCUGGUUUUGGCUGGGACCGGCUGGUGCCUUCACUGACCCUGCAGGAGCUGCGGAGAUCUCAGUACCAGAGCUGCGCCGUGGUGACUUCAGCCGGAGCGGUUCUGAACUCAUCGCUGGGACCGGAGAUUGAUUCCCAUGAUGCAGUUCUUCGGUUCAACGCUGCCCCGACCAGAGGCUUUGAGAAGGAUGUGGGCAACAAGACCACCAUCCGCAUCAUCAACUCUCAGAUUGUGGCCCGGCCCAAACAUCAGUUCAGCAGCAGCUCGUUGUAUCAGGACGUCACUCUGGUCGUCUGGGAUCCAGCUCCAUACUCCGCCAACCUCUCCACGUGGUUCAAGAAGCCGGACUUCGAUCUGUUCUCGGCGUACGUGGAGCGGCGUCAGCUCCGCCCUGAGCAGCCGUUCUACAUCCUCCACCCAGAGUUCAUCUGGAGCCUGUGGGACCUGAUCCAGGACAACACCGAGGACCAGAUCCAGCCGAACCCCCCGUCGUCUGGGUUCAUAGGGAUCCUACUGAUGAUGUCACUGUGCCGUGAGGUCAGCGUGUAUGAGUUCAUCCCGUCCGUGCGGCGCACCGACCUGUGUCACUACCACGAGCGUUACGUGGACGCGGCGUGCACGCUGGGGGCGUACCACCCCCUCUUAUACGAGAAGCUGCUGGUCCAGAGGAUCAACGAGGGCAGCGACCACGAGCUGAGGACGAAGGGGAAGGUCACGCUCAGAGGGUUCAGCUCGGUCCACUGUGAGAACACCUGAGCCUGAGGCCUUCAGGGGCGGCUGGGAAAUUCCACCUCCAACAUAGAUCUAAUUUUAAACUGAUAACUGAUCAAUAAUCUGUACUGACACGUUUUAAACAAACUCUUCUAACAUGAUGAUAGGAUUCCUACAGAGACACAGCUUCUUAUUACAGAGGAAGAUCCUUUUAGUUUAACCAGAAACAUCUCUAUAUAUCUCUACCAGACUCCAUAGAGAAAAACAGGGAUUUAACCAGGAGCUGCUGGAAUACCACUGCCUCCAUCUGUUAGUGUGUCUGUGUUACUGUGAGACUUUCAGUGGUGGAAGAAGUAAUCAGAUACUUUACUGAAGUAAAAGUACCACACAGUAACACAGACACAGUAACAGAUAGAGGCAGUGGUAUUCCAGCAGCUCCCGCUUAAAUUCCUAUUUUUGUCAAUGGAGUCUGGUAUUGAUUGUCAGGCUUCUUGAUCAAUACUGAACUGAUUCAGUAUUGAACAGAUCUUUGUUCCUAUCAAUCAUUUACACCCAGAAACAUGGAGAUAAGACCAAGAGUUCAUCAGUCGACCCUCAGAGAGUCCGACACCUAGUUUUGUUUGUCAUUGUUUUUGUCUUAAAAAGGCAGAGUUGGUCUUCCAUAGAGGGCAGAUGGUGCAUUCACUGUCCUCUCAAACCUGCUGUAUUUUUAAUUGAUGUGAUUUCACACUCACUCUGUCUCUGAUCUGCUUCUUUCACCUCUGCUGCUUUUUACUGUUUUCUACUCAAACUAAAUAAAACUACUGCUCUGUAACACAC